CGGAGAUAUUUUCAGGCUGAAGAAAGGGAAGAACGAAGUCAAACAGGCUUUAGUUCGAACGCGAAGCGUCUGUCUGUGGGAUUAACAAUGGUUCGGAUAUAGUUUCGUGGGAUUCUUUCGAAAAAUUAAGUUUUUUCUUAGUGUAGUACCUUGUUUCUCACCACCGUUCCUAUUACCUGUGGAUAUUCCGUAUUUUGUUUGAAGGAGAAGAAAUAAAAAGUAAGUUAAGAUGCUGCCACAAAAAAGCAAUAUCACAAGGAUAUUCUCACAAUUUCUGCAACAAAAUUCGUCUUGUUAAUACCGAUUUACGAACCUAUACGAAUUCUUCUAUAUCAAGAAAGACUGAUUCAAAAUGAGCGUUUUUGGAAUGGUAAGCGCUGUAGCGGGCUUUGUCAAGGUCCGCUACCUCAUCGAUAAGGCUGUAGUUGACAACAUGGUGUUCAGAGCCCAUUACAGGAUCACGUCUGCCAUAUUGUUUCUCUGUUGUAUCAUCGUCACUGCAAAUAACCUCAUCGGAGAUCCAAUCCAGUGCAUAAACGACAGAGGUGUACCUGGUCACGUGAUAAACACCUAUUGUUGGAUAACGUAUACCUUCACACUACCUCACGAACAAGGAAAGCGCAUUGGGACCCAAGUAGCUCAUCCUGGUCUAGGAAAUGACAGUCAAGAUAAAACGUACCACAGCUACUACCAGUGGGUACCGUUUAUGCUCUUCUUCCAGGGUGUUCUAUUCUACAUGCCCCACUGGAUCUGGAAGAACUGGGAACAAGGCAAGAUCAGGAUGGUGACAGAAGGCAUGAGGGGCUCUAUGGUCGGAGACAAGGCAGAACGGGAGCAUAGACAGAACAGAUUGGUGCAAUAUUUGAUAGAAACUAUGCAUAUGCAUAACACAUAUGCUUUUGGGUACUUCUUUUGUGAAGCACUUAACUUCAUCAAUGUGGUUGGCAACAUAUUCUUCACUGAUAAGUUCCUAGGUGGGGCUUUCAUGACCUACGGUACCGACGUGGUGAAUUUUUCAAAUAUGAAUCAGGAAAACCGAACUGAUCCAAUGGUAGCCGUGUUCCCUAGGGUCACCAAGUGUACUUUCCACAAAUUCGGUCCAUCUGGCUCAAUCCAAAAACACGAUGCACUCUGUAUCCUGGCCCUAAACAUUCUCAACGAGAAAAUCUACAUUUUUCUAUGGUUUUGGUUUAUUAUAUUGGCAGUACUGAGCGGCCUCGCUAUAUGCUAUUCAGCGGCAGUCGUACUUAUGCCUAGUACCAGGGAAACGAUUUUGAAGAGAAGGUUCCGUUUUGGAGCACCCAAUGCUGUAGAUACGAUCAUCAGAAAGACGCAGGUUGGUGACUUCUUAGUGUUACAUCUCCUAGGUCAAAACACGAACCAACUGGUAUUCGGAGAAAUUUUGGACGAAUUCGUUAGAAGACUCAACUUUGGCAGCAACAGUAACCUGCCUUCAGCACCGAGCACUCUUGAAAUGAGUCCGAUUUAUCCAGAGAUUACAAAGUAUAAGGAAACAGAGACAUAAUUUAACGAAGCUUUAAAUGUUCAGUAUUCAUGUUAAAAUUUGGUAUUAUCUAGCAGAAUCUCGAUAUUCUUUGAAAGCCACACAUGGUAGAUUCUGGUCAAUGACCAAAAUAUAUCAGAUCUUUAUGUUGAUGAAUCUCUGCCGAAUCAAAAUCGUAAAAAUUUCAUGAGAUUUCAAUAAGCUUAGUACCAUUAAAUUAUGCAUAUAAAGAAGCAGCAAUAAAAAGUGCAAGACCCCUUUAACUGGAGUCUCAACUUUUUGUGGAGAUUCUGUCUUAACUGUGUUCUACAAACAACGAGAUAUUUUGUUUCUUAUACGAUCACAAUUUUAGUUGUUUUACACGUUAGUAAUAUUAGUAAUAUAUUUUUAAUGGAACAAUUUACUAUGUAGAAUUGUACGUUAGAAGGUAAGCAAAAAAAAUGUUUUUUAUAGAUCUCCAUGGUAGAGAUAUCGAAUGUAUGUGAUCUACAAUUUUUACUAGUUGAUAGUUUUUAGCUUUUUGCUCAUUUUUAUAUUGUAUCCUAAGCGAUAAAAUGCUUGUAUUUUUUCCUACUUAUUUUUAGACGUAAUUGAUUAUACAUGAUAUUUCCUUUGAAUAACAAUUAUAAUAAUGAUAUUAACAUGCAUUUAUUUGUGGAAAAAUAGUCACAAAAUGGCGAAAUUCAGUUGUAUCGACUAUUUUACAACUUGACCCAAAGUUACUCAAGAAAUGUAAUAAUGUGUCUCAUCCUCCAUAGCAGAGAAAAAUCAAAAUAAACACUAGUUGAACUAGGAAAAUAGGCUUUCAGAGGUCUUCUGUCGAUCUAUGAGGUCAAAAUGGUAAUCUAGUAUCCAGAUUUACCCAAAAAACAGUUUUAGACGAAGAUUGCAAAUACUCAAGAAUUUUUGAGAUUUUUUCCUUUAAAUAUCAAUGUUUCAAAGUAC